AACGUGAGUGUCCAUUGAGGGCGGCCAAGGUGCCGGUGUGUGCGCUGAGCUUCAGUGGAUGACCACAUGACGGGGCACAACGAGGAGAAGCUUUAUGGGUGCGACGUGUGUGGCAAGGCCUGGAAGCACGCAUGCAAGCUGGAGAUUCACCGGCGGGUGCACACGGGAGAACGCCCCUUUGAAUGCUCCGACUGCGGCAAGAAAUUCCCCCGCUAUGAGUCCCUGCUGCGGCACAACCGCGUGCACUCCGGCGAGAGGCCCUUCACCUGCUCUGACUGCGGCAAGAGCUUCAAGGUAGCGGAUAGCCUGAAGGUCCACCGGCGGUUGCACACGGGCGAGAAGCCCUAUGGCUGCUCCACCUGUGGCGAGACCUUUACCCAGUUGUCGGGGCUGUCGGUGCACCGGCGGGUGCACAGCAAGGAGCGGCCCUUCACCUGCUCCGACUGUGGCAAAGGUUUCAAAUUGUCCGCGCAACUGAUGAUGCACAGACGCCUGCACACCGGGGAGCGGCCCUACACCUGCAGAUACUGCGGCAAGGGCUUCACCCGCUCCACCAGCCUGCAGGUGCACCAGCGCACCCAUACCGGCGAGCUCCCCUACACCUGCACCCAGUGCGGCAAGGGCUACACCUAUUCCGCCAGGCUGCUGGAGCACCAGCGCAUCCACACGGGCGAGCGCCCCUACACCUGCGCCCAGUGCGGCAAGAGCUACACCCUCUCCAAUAGCCUGCUGGUGCACCAACGCAUCCACACCGGCAAGUACCCCCACACCUGCGUCGUGUGCGGCAAGGGCUUCACCCACUCCUCGACCCUGCUAUCCCACCAGCGGGUGCACACUGGUGACCGUCCCGUCCCCAGCCCGGUGUGUGGAGAGCGCUUUGCCAAGGCCUCCCACACCCAGUCUCACCUGCGCGUUCCCACCAGUGGCCAGCCCUAUGACUGCCCGUACUGCGGUGAGGCGUUUGACAGCUCGCGUGGGUUGCGGCAGCACCGGCGGGCCCACGCCGGCGAGCAGCUGUCUCAAGAGCGCGCGGGGGCUGCGGGAGCACCAGCGGAUACACACCAGAGAGAGACCCUUUGUGUGCACUGAGUGUGGCAAAGGUUUCACCCGCAGGUCCAGCCUGUGGCAGCACUGGCGUACCCACAGCAGUAAACGUCCCUUCCCCUGCCCAUCCUGUGGUGAGGGCUUCACCCACCUUGACCACCUGCUGCAGCACCGGCCAGCGCCCCUUCACCUGCCCGCUAUGUGCAAGGCCUUUGCCCACUCCAGCCGCUGACACUCCUCGGCAUGGAUAGGCACUGUUUAGGUAGACACAAAAUGCUGGAAGGAAUGGGUAACGUUUCAGGUCGAGACCCUUCUUCAGUCUCGACCCGAAAC